AGCGCUGCGCUGUCAGGGGGAAAAUGGCUGCGCUCUUUUCUUGUUGUUUGGGGUGCUGCGGAGACGGCGGUUCUGGGCAUGUUCCUCUUAAAGAAAUGCCUGCAGUCCAGUUAGACACGCAUCAUAUGGGUACAGAUGUUGUGAUCGUAAAAAGUGGCAGACGAAUCUGUGGCACUGGCGGUUGCCUUGCCAAUGCGCCCCUGCAUCAGAACAAGAGCUACUUUGAGUUUAAGAUCCAGUCCACAGGUGUGUGGGGUGUGGGUGUGGCCACUCAGAAGGCCAACCUGAACCAGAUCCCCAUGGGCCGGGACGUGCACAGCCUGGUUCUGAGGCACGAUGGGUCCGUGUACCACAACAACGAGGAGAAGAACCGGCUGCCUGCCAACAGCCUGCCACAGGAGGGCGACAUUGUGGGCAUCACAUAUGACCACGUGGAGAUGAAUUUGUAUUUAAAUGGGAAGAACAUGCACUGCCCAGCCUCAGGAAUCCGUGGAACCGUUCUCCCAGUGGUUUAUGUGGAUGACAGUGCCAUCCUGGACUGCCAGUUCUCUGACUUCUACCACACGGCACCACAGGGCUUUGAGAAGAUCCUGUUUGAGCAGCAGAUCUUUUGAGUGGCGCUCCGUGCUCCACGAGUGCAGACCCCCGGCCCCGCACUCUUCCUGUCCGCCUGGAUCCUGCAGUGUUGUGGCCCCGGCCAGCUCGUCCGGUCUAGUUUGAGUGUUCUUCCGUGAGCGUCUGUGUGUUCCUGCUGGAAAGCAGACGGUUUGGUUUUUUUUGCUGUUACACUCACCUCGCCUUUGUCAUUGCUUCAUUGUGAAGAGUGUGAAUCAUCAGAGCUGCAGUUUGUGUGUGUAUAAUGCCCAGAAGCUUCUUUAACACAACGUUGAUAUCAGUUUGUGUGUGUAUAAUGCCCAGAAGCUUCUUUAACACAACGUUGAUAUCAGUUUGUGUGUCUAGGGAUGGGAGUCAUUCCUUUCAUUGAUUCUGCACUGGUAUGUAUUUCAAGUUUUAAAGGCCAGUUUUAUUUUUUUGUAUUUUUUUCUCCCUAGAUAACUCUUGACCACAAAUACAGAUACAGGUACUGUCUUUUCCAAAGUAUUGGAACAGAAAGUCCAAUUCCUUUGUUUAUGCAAUACACUGACUACAUUUGGGGUUGAGAUAAAAAGAUGAAAAUGAGACGAGUUCAGAAUGUCAGCUUUUAUUUCCUCAUAGUUAUACCUAGAACUACAUCAAACCUGUGACCCACUGACAUCAGCAAUCUGUUGCAUUCUUCUUUUGUGAUGUUUUUCCAGGCGCUUACUGCUGCCUCUUUCAGUUGUUGUUUAUUUCAGGGGGGUUUUCCCUUCAAUCUCCUCUCCAGGAGGUGAAAUUGGGUUCAGGUCUGGUGAUUGACUUGGCCAGUCUAAAACCUUCCACUUUUUCUCUCUAAUGAGGUCUCUUUGUUCUGUUGACAGUGUGUUUUGGGUCAUUGUCUUGCUGCAUGAUGAAGUCCCUCCCAAUUAGUUUGGAUGCAUUUCUCCAUAAGUUGGCAGGCAGAAUGUUUUUAUAGACUUAUAGACUGCUGCUAUCAUGAUGAGUUACAUCAUCAAUAAAGUUUAGUGAGCCCACUCCAGAAGCGGCCAUGCAAGCCCAAGGCAUGACACUUCCUUCACAGAUGAGCUUGUAUGUUUUGUCCGUAAAACUUUGUUCCAGAACUUUUGUCGCCCAUCUCUGAACUUCUUUGCUAAUUGAAAUCUGGCCUUCUGAUGCGUACCGUUGAGUGGAUUGCAUCUUGUGAUAUAGCCUCUAUAUUGCUGCCCUCUCAGUCUUCUUUGAACAGUUGAUUGAGCUACCCCUGCCCCAAGGAGAUUGUUUGUGAUGUUUUGGGGUUUUUCUUCACAGCUCUCACAUUGUUAGUCAUCAACUGCUGUUGUUUUCCUUGGUCCUGUUUUAUGUCACACAGUACGCCAGUGGUUUCUUUCUUUUUUUCAGGACAUUCCAAGUUGUGGUACAAGCUAUCCCCAAUGCUUGUGCAAUGGCUCUGAUUUCCCCCCUUUUCUAAGCUUAAAAAUGGGUCUCUUUUCUCACAAAGACAGCUCUCUGGUCUACAUGUUGGUUAGUCUUUUCUAACACAAAUGCAGUCUUCACAGGCAAAACCCAAGGUUAAAACCAAGAGUAGACAUUCAGAACUAUUUAUUGUUUAACCAAUCAAUCUAACAGGACACAUCUGGGCAACAAGAAACACCUGUCAGUUGCAUGUUCCAAUACUUUUGCUCACUAUAACAUUUGGUGGUCUGAUACAAAAGGUGAAAUGUUGUAAGUUGUUCACCAAAUCUAGAUGAAAAUACCAGGAAAUAAAAGCUGAAAUUUGGAUCUGUCAUCUCAUGUACAAAAACAUAGGAAUUGACCUUGUUGUUCCAAUACUUUUUGAGGGGGCUGUAAAUGCAACUUCUGAAAUUCCCCCAAAAAUAUAUUUGUAUACACUCGUCUUAAAACACUAUUUAGCUCAAGUGUGUGCAUUCUAGAAAUGCUAAAUUCUGAGGAGUGAUUCUCUGUCCUUGAGUAUUUAUGUCAAAUCUGUUGGCAGUUUAUAAAAUGUAAUUCUAUAUUUAUCGUGUAUGUUAUAUCAUGUAUAAAUUAACUUUUGAUUCAGCUGAUUUAUUUUAAUUUUUUUUGCAUCAUUUUGAAAACAAAUGGCUGCUUCAUGACUAUAUUUGACAAAAAUAUAGCCUAGCUGUAAGGUCAAGUGUUAGCAAAUUCGCACAGCUUUGUUUGAUUUCAUGAAUUCUGGGACCGAUGAGAAUUUGAAAAUGGUUUAUAGAACAAAUGUCAUAUCUUACUAAAUGUUAUUUAACCUAAACCAGACCUAAAUGUUGCAGUUGGCAGUGUUUUGUUUGCACAGAUGAAAUGUUUGUUGAAUAUUGGAGAAAAACUAUUCUUGACUCUUUUCUGCACUACAAAUAAAUAAAAAAAUACAAAAUACAGAGGAAAAAAAAAGAAA